AUGUUCGAAUUACGAAAAUUUGAAUAUGAUUUUAACUGUAAAAUAUUUGGAAUUGAAUUGGGAUGUGAAUCUACCAGGGAAGAAAAGGAAAUUGAGGAAUUCAUAGGAUCCGCGAUAAAUGGAACUGAACAGCUUCUGAAAAUGAGUGAUAAUGUGUUUUCGCAAAAAAUAAAGGAUCCUGGCUUGCAGCAGUUCCUAAGAUCGUUCGUUUGCCUGGCCUUUCCGCCGUAUAGCCCCUAUGUCCCGUACGACGAGAUUCUAAUUGAGAAUCCAAUGCAUACGAACAUAAACGUGAUAUCGAGGAACGUGUUCAAUUUGUUCUUGAAGGCCUCAAAAUGUACCGGAAACGACACGCUGUGUAAACUAGGGUUCUCUGACCCGAAGUUCAUGUUGAACAUAUUGAACAUGUACGGCAGAAACAACGAGAAGCUGGUAAACCAGAUCCUUAAGUGCUGUAACCUGGUGAACGGUAGAUUCGUGGAGGACAUGACCUCGGUGACUCACGCGCUGUUUCAGAUCCUGGGCGACUCAUAUCAGUACCUGAGGUCUCUGGUUAACACGUUCAUGGAGUCUACUGCCAGCUUUCAGCAAAUCGCAGAAAACUCGAUUCUAGCAGACAGGCAGAUAGGAACGGAUUUCAGCAAGGUGUUCGUAAACUCGGAGCACAUGAUGCUGGACGUCGUUUCAUACCUGGAAAUCGCACUCAAAUUCACCCCCGACGCUUCAUACGCGAGUCUGUUGUCAAAAUGCGUGGAAACACCGUACGGAAAUACCACAAUUGAGCAGACGGUGACAAAUUGCUACUAUCUGUUGCUAUACGUCCACAAGCUCAUGGUGGAGACGAGGGAACCAAUUUAUGAAAUAAAGGUAACAAUUGUGAAAUACAUGGGAAUCGGCUGGAAAACGGAUCGCACGAGCGGAAACAGAACCGAUCUUAUAAAUAAUUAUAAAACAGAUUAUACCACAAGGUUUCAAAUCUGUGUGUAUUAUAGAUGCAGAAUACUGCUGAUUAAGUUGCUGCUGAUGAUUGUUAGAUUUAACAUCAAGGAGUCCCCCGAGGACUCGGGGGAAUACUGCUACAACUGGCUGCUGAUUUUCAUAAAGAUUGGAGGAGACCAAUACAACGUGGACAGAGAUUUGAUAAUGGAGGACCUAAACGAGAUAAAUCUGCCAAUAUACAUAGAUGAGUGGGACUCGAUAAACAAAAACUGGUCACAAAACGAAAUAAGUCAGAUGAAAUCACUUGUUGUGAACAAGAAGGAUAAAAACAUGGAACAGAACAUAGUAAAAAUUAGGGAAAUAACACAUAUAGAAGAUGACGACACAAUAAGAAACUGCCUGGCAAAACACGAAAACGACGUGGACUCGACGAUCAUGGACCUGAUAAAUAAUUUCACAAGUGAGUUGCUGAAAACUAAAAGGUGUGCAGUAACGCCGAAACCAGCAGAAAUAGGAAAGAAAGGAGUGGAAAAACUGUCGCUGUCGUACGUGCCGACGGAAAGCAAACAGGCAGUGAUGAAUUACUGGCAGUACAUCAACGAGAACGCAGAUAUGUACGACGACGACAACGAGGAGGAGGAGGAAAUACCAAUCAACGUAAAUUUGAACAUAGACGACCUUCCGUCGUCAGAGGAACAAGAACAGCAGAGGACGGAGCCGAGAGGCAAAAAUUUCUACAGAAAUAAGCAGUACCACAAGGCUCACUACGGGAACCACUACAGAAGAGACAGGUACAAAAGUGACCAAUAA